AACAACAGAGUAUUCAUGCGGGCUCUCAGCGAUCUGUUCAGUGUUCUACGAAUGCUGGAGGAUGCUGACAACGGUACCGUGCGACGAACCCUCGUGCUGCGAGAUGUUUACUCCAAGUCUGAUAAAGACUGGUUCCGUGGAUUAACAGAAAUGACUUCGCAUGGGUACCCUAAUGAAGACACUAGCAGAUGUUCAAAAUACCCAGAUGGUACCUUCAGCAAAAGGUACCAGUUCUCGCUUCUUCGCCCUACGAAAGUCGACGAGCUGCCAACCCUCCUAUCCAUCGACAACCUGUUUUUUCUGCCGUCGGCUUCUAACCGAUAUGUCGAACGUGCCUCUUGUAUGGCACUUGCGACCAAAUUUCCUAACUUGGAAAAUUGGGUAUGGGAGGACACUGAAGGAAAUUACUUGGCUGCCCGAGAGCGGCGACAGCCACGAGAAGACUUCGCCAAUGCCCUCAAUGCUGCCACAAAUCUGUCUCCGUACCGUCCGAUGGAUAUUCGAUCACCACGGAAGAAGUAUCUACUCUAAGCAGACCGAUGUGGCAAUCAUCGACCGCUGUUCCAGUUCUCCAGACUCACUCAGCCUCGCCCUCCACGCGUUCAUGCUUCGAUCUCCCAAACUCAAGUCAUUCUCAGCCCAUGGCGCUUCUCUCUAUAUCUCCCGACUUUUUCUGGCCGCCGAGUAUGCACCUUACCACGCCCUCCUUCUCUCCGCUCAAUUUUGUGCGCUUCACUAUCAACCACAUCCGCCCAGGGGCGAACACUACUUCAAGCGGGGUCCACCUCCACUCGAAACGCUGACUACCGGACCUCGUAACCAUUCCCCUUCACCACGUCCGCGCAACCACCCCAGCCCCGCCCUCCUCCGGCUCUUCACCAGCCUUGCCACCUUCGUCCUCCACUGCCCCACUCUCACCGGCGUCUCGCUGCGCUCCUACCGCAUCCACGAACACGGCGAUAUCGGCAUACUAUACCCAGCGCGUGUCGCGCUGAAGUACUUAGACUAUCCGGCGCCAGAGUGGCGCGAUGAGCAAGUGAAGCGGCAUUGGGGGAUUAUGGGCGACGAGCGGGUGCUGCUCUUCGAGGUUGGUCCCAUGCCGAAGAAUUGGGAGCCGGACCAGCAGGGCGAAAUGUGGGGCGCGUGGAGGAAGGUGUUGAAGGCGGAUAGUAGGAUAGACGGCAUAAAAGUGUUUAUCAGGGGUGAGAAUAUCCCGGAUGUCGGUGGUGAUCAGUAUUGGCUAAGGGGGUGGAAUAUGGCGGAGUGGGACUGGACGCCGAGGGAGGGGAACGAGGAGGAGUUAUAUAGGGACAGCUUGAAAGCGUAGACGGGGAGGCGGCGAGUCUUGAUGUCGCGUGUUGGAAUUAACAAAACUUACUUUCGUUAAAGCUGAUCUUAUACUACUGUUAUCGUUCUAACUCUGCCAUUCCAUAUCCAUCCUCUUAACUAUUUUUUUCUGGCUCUAUCAUCUUAAUUAUACCAUUCUAACUCUACCAUCCCUACCUACAUCACGAAGUCGCAGAAACCCUUGUCGAACCUCCUUUACGGCGUCAGGCCUCAAUCUCUA